AUGUCGGCAUCUGAAGAGAAAGACAAAGCCUCUGAGGGGUCCGUCCUGUCGACAGUCGCCGAGGUACUCCCUGUUCCUGCGAAUACAGCUCCUGUGACGAACCCCUCGGAACACGACACUGCGAACAGCCUGAGGGAGGAACCUACGCUAUCCCAUUCGCUGGCCAUGGAAGACCACGACGAGAAAGGCUUCGUCCAAAUCCCUCGUGAUGAAGAAGUCGCCGAUUUAGGAUGGAAUGAGAAGAAAGAGAACAUACCAGCCCCGUUAGUCGGUGGACUAGGCAAUGAAGAUCUAUGGCUUUUAAUCCGGCGCUUCAACAAGCAAAUGUACCAUGUGAAAGAGAUACCAUACUCGGUGCCUGGGGAUUUGGACCUCAACAUUUCAGAUGAAGAGGAGUUUUCACCGGACAAGCUUCGAGCGACAGUUGAGAGGUUUUACAUGACUGUUGUCAUUGGGCUGUUAGCGACGGUUAAGCAUAUCGCUAGACUCCGGUCGUGGCGCGAAACUCGAAGAACCUCAUAUUUCUGCGCUGCCUACUUCAUUGCGUGGCUGUUUGACUUCAUCACACCUUUGCUUGCCGUAACGCUGAUAAGUUUGAUUGUCUAUCCGCGUUCUCGUGGUAUUUUGUUCCCUCCGGCUCCCAUAUCCCUUGUCGAUGCGAAAUCUGGCGGGGUGCAGAAGCCCAAAGCGGGUGUUCUAGGAAGUCAUGAGAGCGCGACAGGAGCCCCCGAAAAUCACAAGGGUGAGGCUGUUGAACAGGAGGCGGCCAACUUCUUCAACGGAUUCACGGCUGUUGUCGUCACCAGUGCCACGGGCAAGCACCCACAAGCAAAUCCGCACCCGGGCAAGGAUAACUCUCCUGAUGAUCACGUUCCAGACCCAACAGGCUUGGCCGUGUCGGCCGCUGAAGCUAAAGAUGUGGCCGCGGGUGGGCAACGGGGCUCUAAACACGACAAGACUAAAGUGCCCGUUGAGAAUGCAAUCUGGAGUAAGAUGCGCCCGGUGAUGCACGGAAUAUCUGACGUGUCUGACACAUGGGAGCGGCUCGCCAAUGCUUUGUCACCUACGCCUCCUUUUCCUCAGAAUACUUAUCGCAUCAGGAUUGCUUGUCUCAUCGUACCGUUACUUCUAGCAUCACUAUUCACAACCUCGUACAUGUUCGUAAAAUUGUCAUCCUUUGGCGCCGGGUUUGGAUUUUUCGGCGAUCCGAUUAUCACUCCUGGCUUACGAUGGCUUAACCGCCAAUACCCACACUGGGAGAAGAUCCUGGAGAUGCGAAACACAGUCCUCAAAGGCGUGCCGACGAAUGCACAACUCACGCUCACGUUAUUGCGAACCGGUGAGGCUAACAAGGCGCCUUUGCCGCCAGCACCGCUCACUCGUGCCCCUGCGCCUGAUAGACCGGCUCAAGUUACCGAUGCCGAACUCCGAGCUACGGGAGCGGAGCCGCCUCUAAACGCCACGGAUGAGGAACUCGAUGCCGCUAUGGAACACGAUCCACAGACUGCACACGAGACUGCCGGCGCCGAUAUUGACGCUGCUAAGAGCGGCACGCACGGCGGAAAGGGCCAUAAAAUCAUAGGUGCUGUCAAGAGUGCCGUCAAGGGAACGGUCAAAAGCGCCAUAGCCAGCGACGCGGCGCGUGCAAAAGCAGGCUCGCGCCCAGCCAAGAACAGACUUGGUGCCGUUCCCCCUGCCAAUGCGCAGCUAUUGACGGGACCGGUGGAUUUUAAGGGUCGGUAUAACGGCAAGAAAGGCCGGGUGUACAUCACCACUAAAGCUACGAUCCCUGCUAUCGGAUUCAGCACCGACGCGAAAACAGAUGUUGUUGUGGACGGUGAAAACGAGGCGCUUCACCCCAGUUGGAGCAUAGCCAUUGGUGAUAUCAAGGAGCUGAAGAAGAUAGGAGGCUAUGGAUGGAAGGCAAAGCUCGUGAUUGGAUGGUCGUUGGGGCGCGAGGUGAACGACGGACUGGAAAUCACGGAUAGAUUGGGAAAUGUGAGGCGGAUUACAGCCUUGCCGCUUAGGGAUGAGUUGUUCAACCGCCUGGUUGCCAUGGGAGGACAGAAAUGGGAGGCUUGGUGA